AACUCCCCUCUGUGUACAAACCGCGUAUUUUUGAAAAUAACUACUGGCAUAACGUCACAUAAGUCGAAAUCAGUUGGCCACACUUUUAAGACUGAUUGAUUUUAAAACAUCAUGGCGUCCAUUACUGACCCAAACAUGAGUGACAGGUUCACCAGUGCAAUGGAAGAGAUCCACAAUGAAAACCUUAAAACAUAUGCUGACAUAAUUGACACAACUGUGGAGCUGUCCCAGUCCCACAGACAGUUUGUGAAGUCAGCAAUUGAUACAUGCUUGAAGAAAUGUAAGGAUGACGACAAGCUGUUUGAGACAAUACAUGCAUUCAAAAGAGACCUGGAACAAAAAAAUAGGUCAUUAAAGGAGAAGCGAUGCACCAUAUCUGAGAUGAUGUCUGAGGUUCAGGAGAAGGAGAUGCAGAAAGAGGACAUCAUCCAGAAAAUCAACAAGCUUAAAGAAGAACAAACCAAGAGAAAAGAGUUAAUUCAGGCUCAAAAUAAAGCAAACAAAAACAGACUGAAGAAUCUCCAAAAAGCCAGAUUUGUGUUUCAGGAUCAUCUGGGGCUGGAGAUACGAACAAUCCUUGGGAAAACACAGUUGGUCAAAGGUGAAAAGUUGCAGUUUGUUUUCCGGAACAUAAACCUUUCUGAUCUGGACAGUGCUUAUAUCAUCACAAUGGGAAUUAAAGAAGACGGAUCAUACCAGAUUGUGUCCAGUGACCCAGAGCUUGACUGUUUGCCAGUCUUGGAAAGUCGGCUCCAGGAAACCAACAAUUUACCGGCAUUCCUGGCAAAUGUGAGGAAGGAGUUCAUCUCUCUGGCACGCCGGUGAAAUAUGACACUUUAUAUCUUUUAAAAGAAAGCAAAAAAAAAAAAUAGAAACAGCUUUCAUUUUGUUUUUAAUCAUUGCUCAUUUGGUAGGAAUAUUAAUGAAGUAUCGCAUCUUUGUUUUACUUACAAUUCUGAUGUAAUAAAAGUGUUUGGAAAAUG